GGACCGAAAAUAACUUGAAUAACCAUCCAUUACAAAAAAGCUGAGUGAAUCGUCUGGAUCGUCAACUAUUGUUAAUUUGACAAGACAUUGCAAUUUUUAAGGAAAUUUGAAGCUUUGACACAUGUCAUAAUAUAUUAAAGUUUGCUUAAGCUGUUUAAUGAAAAACACGAAGUAUAUUCUUGUUAAAAAAACUCACAAAUGAAAACGAGGAUUCGGAACUUGUGGUAAAUUCAACUUUUUUUUUUAAUUACAAAGACAACGCCGUUGUUGACUGUAAACGCAAAAAACACAUGUCCUGAGCUUUUCCAAGUUCCAAGAACGCCUAGAAUAGGUUUAGUGAUAUCCCUUAAAUCCCAUAUAAAGUAUGAGCAACGGCUCCAUUAGAUGGAAAUGUUUCGGUACGUGUUUGAUGUCAUCUGACGGACUCAUUGAUAAUUAUACACAAACAUUGUGAAACCUUAGGACCAGAUCUCCCUUCCAAUAGCAAGCGUAACUGCUGUGGGAAGAAGCGUCAUGAACUCGGGCUCUUUGAAAUUUCAUCCACCCCUUUGUUACACACAGCUAGGGGCGGGAAUGCAAACAACUCCACAUGUAUAAAUCGAGCAUCACGAUAGCGGAGUCUUCAGAGGAGACAGGAAACUUCACUUCAUCCUUAGAAACCUGCGAGCUUCACAUUUUAAAAAGGGGGACUAUACGGCGCCCAGCGCGAAAGUUGCCCGAGCGGAGUUUGUGCCUUUGCGUUACUUGUAUCUCUCAUCGCGCUGCAUAGCUAUGCUGCUGGUUUUAGUGCAUCCGUUUCUGGCCGUUUUUUGUACCCUGUAUGUGUACUUUGGGGGCACCCAUGCCGGGUCUGCCCUGCACAAUUCCAAUGCCAUCAAGAAUCUUCCCGGAGGAGCAGCGAAUCCAGGGCACCCGGUCAGCGCAAGUCCCGACAUUUUGCCUUUUGACAGCGGCAACCAGAACACAGCAAUUGACCCAGUGCAGCCUCUAAGUUGCUCGACUGACGAGGAAUGCGGCGACGAGGAGUUCUGCUACGGAUCCCGAGGCGCCUGUCUGCCGUGCAGGAAGCGCAGGAAGCGAUGCAUCCGGGACGCCGUUUGCUGUCCUGGCAACCACUGCAGCAACGGACUGUGUUUGCCGAUUGAUCCUGCUACGACUCAGCAAGUUAGAGUCGAUGCGACAGCAGCGGUGACUCUGGGGCAGGAGAACUCCACGAUUCAACCUCAUUCCAAACGACCUUUGCCAAGUCGAUCGCAGUCCCUCAAAGGUCAGGAAGGCGAGAACUGCUUGAGGUCUACGGACUGCUCAGAAGGGCUGUGCUGUGCACGUCACUUUUGGUCCAAGAUCUGCAAGCCGGUCCUGAAGGAAGGGCAGGUGUGCACCAAGCACAGAAGGAAAGGCACCCACGGCCUGGAGAUCUUCCAGCGCUGUGACUGUGGAGUCGGGCUUUCGUGCCGGACGCAGAAGGGCAACCACAGCAACAAGGCCGCUCGAAGUCUUCACACCUGCCAGCGGCACUGAACUGCGGUCUGAGGCUAAUCUUCAAGGAUGUUGUCUGGCCCCCUGGAGAGCAAAGGGACUAAUUUUUGUUCUCAAGAACAUUUUUUUUUUCCAAGUGUGGAAGACGGCGUUCUCGGUGGAUACUGUUUUCUUGUUGUUGGGGUUUUUUCAGUGUUGUUCUUCAAAAUAGCAGAGUAGGUUUGUUUCUCUUUUAUGGAACUUGAGACUCACAAUGAUUGCAGUAAAUUACUGUAUUGUAAAUACUGUACUGAAGUGGCACUUAACUCUAGUGAUUUCUGUCAACAACCAUUUGGAGGAGGUGCUGCCUGAUAUCAUACUAUUUUUAAAUUUAUAAACGGUGAUCUAUAUUUAGAAUCUGAUAUAAAUGCCUAUAUUUUUAUUUGAAAUAAAGAGAAUGUAAAGAUAUUUAAAGUGUUAUUAAAUCAAG